AAACAAAACACCCACCUACACCACCAUUUUGGGGAACUCUCUACGGUUGAAGAAGAGUCGUCAGUUUCUAAACAAAGCCGAGCACCUUAACUCAUGAUUGCUGUUUCAGUAGAAUUGAAGAAAUGGAUGUUCAACAUUGCUGCUGAAGAAGAAAUCACUUGUCUAUGCCAUCUCAUAAUCUAUCAACUGCUGGUUGUUGAUCAAAUGAGGUGAUUUUGCCUGAGUCAGUAACUGCUGCUGGUAGAGACUGUUAUUAUUUACUUCUGAAUUCUAUUGAGAGAGUUGACUUCUAUAACUUCCGUUGGUGGUCAUUAGUUUUCUGGCAGCAGGGUGUUCUGUGGGUUGGUUAUAGAUGCAAACAUCUCAGAAACACCAAACUCCAGCCGGUAUCCACAGGUUGUACCACCAACCUGUUCAGGAAAUUGAACCUUGUUGUGUCUCUCAUUUCCAAAUUUUAGACAGCAAUGCAUCUUCAGAUAUUGGGAGCCAAGGAACUGCUGUCUCGCUUCAGACCUUGAAGGAUCAAUUUUUUACCCUGGAAUCAUCUACAGUUACUGCAGGUGUUGUUUUCUAUGAUUCCCCUUCUGCAUUAAGUGUUUCCUCCAACAGGAGCACCUUUUCGCCGCAAGGUUCUCAUUCUGGCCUGUCUGAUCCUCAUUCUGGCCUGUCUGAUCCUCAUUCUGGCCUGUCUGAUCCUCAUCACUCCCCUGACAAUGCUUAUGGAUCACCAUUUAGUGGAUCUUCUGUUGCUGAUGAUAACUAUGAACUGAGGAACAAACUGAGAGAGCUAGAAGUUUCACUGUUGGGGCCUGAUUCAGAUAUUAUAGAUACCUGCAAUUGCUGCUUCACUAAUGGUGCCACUCAUGCUGCUUCUGUGGCAAACUGGAACCAGGAUCAAUUGAUGGAAAUGAUACCUAGGUUAGACUUGAAGGAGGUCCUCAUUGCUUGUGGCCAAGCAAUAUCCGAAGGUGACAUGCCAACAGCAGCAGGUUUAAUGCACAUCUUGGAGCAAAUGGUUUCAGUCUCUGGGGAGCCAAUCCAGCGGUUAGGUGCUUAUGUGUUGGAAGGGCUUAGAGCAAGGUUGGAGUCCUCCGGAAGUAAAAUCUACAAAUCCCUGAGGUGCCAAGAACCAACAAGCUCUGAACUGAUGUCUUACAUGCAUGUCCUCUUUCAGAUCUGUCCAUACUGGAAUUUUGCUUACACAUCUGCUAAUGUUGUGAUCAAGGAAGCCUUGGAAAAUGAACCAAGAAUUCAUAUAAUUGACUUCCAGAUAGCACAGGGAACGCAGUGGAUGUUUCUCAUGGCAGCUCUUGCAAAACGCCCUGGUGGACCUCCAAUAGUCCGCAUAACUGGUGUUGAUGAUACCCAGUCAAAUCAUGCCCGCGGCGGAGGACUUCAUAUUGUGGGGGAGAGGCUUGCAGAAUUUGCUCGGGAACACAAUGUGCCAUUUGAGUUUCGUGAUGCUGCCAUGUCUGGUUGUGAAGUGCAAGUAGAACAUCUUGGGGUUCAGAUUGGAGAGGCCAUAGCUGUGAAUUUUCCUUUUGUAUUGCAUCACAUGCCAGAUGAGAGUGUCAGCACCUGGAAUCACAGAGACCGGCUAAUAAGGCUGGUGAAGAGUUUGUCACCCAAGGUUGUGACCCUUAUUGAGCAAGAAUCCAAUACCAAUACAUCACCAUUCUUUCACAGGUUUAUCGAGACACUGGAUUACUACAACGCCUUGCUUGAAUCGAUAGCAGUUGCUCGUCAAAAGGAUGACAAGCAGAGAAUAAGUGCAGAGCAGCACUGUGUGGCUCGCGACAUAGUCAACAUGAUAGCCUGUGAGGGGCAUGAAAGGGUGGAACGGCAUGAACCUUUUGGGAAAUGGAGAUCAAGAUUCAUGAUGGCCGGUUUUACUCCAUGUCCAUUGAGUUCUUCGGUGACCAUUGCUGUUGCCAAUCUCUUGAAGGACUUCCACAGGAACUACAGAAUUGAAGAAAGAGAUGGGGCCCUCUAUCUUGGCUGGGUGAAUAGAGCUAUGGCAACCUGUUCUGCAUGGAAGUGAAACUGUCAUGGCUAGUGGCUAUGGAAUAAAAUCUGUAAAUUUUCCAAAAAUAUAUCAAUAUCUCUCUGCUCUGCUGUCUUGUGGAGCAUGAAUCUUAGUUGUGAGUUCUUAGAACCAAGAGAUUAGCUUCUUUUGUUUUAAUGGUGUAGUGUUAGAGCAAUAACCCUAAGCUUCAAUUUUCACUGUAAAUUUUCUCCUCCUAAUGAAAAAGUAGUAUUGAA